UCUAGGCAGUACUAAAGACUUACGGUUUCAGCAUAAGAUUCUGGAUAUAUAGUAACAAUUUUAUAGCAAAUAUACAGUAUCACGAUUUUGUAUUUCAUGGUGUUUAUCGUUCACAAUGGCUACCUUUGAUGUUUCAAGUUCUCCAAAUUCACCCAAAUGCCAAAAGGCUGUUCAUGAUAAAAUAAAGUCAUUGUGUAAAGAGGGAAGUGACUUAUUAAAUAAAGAGGACAUAAGUGGAGCCUUGAAAACAUUCAAAAAAGCUUUCAUUCUUUCCUGCAAGCUGUCGGAUGAAAGAAUUCAGAGAUCAUGUCUAUUUAACCUUGGUGCAGUAUAUAUUUGUGUUGGCAAACCACAUAAAGCCUUAAAGUGUCUUGUUAAAUCGAGAACCACAGGCAUGGAAGACAGAGAUGGAGAUUUAUACUUUAACAUAGCGGCUGCAUAUGAUGAAAUGCAAGAAUAUGGUAAAGCUUUGAAGUUUUAUGAAAGAGCAAUCAAUGAAUACAGUUAUACUGAAAUCAACAGUAUUGCAGAUGCCCUAAUCAAGCUGGGGUACUGUUUUGUCACUGUUGGGGAUCUUUCUUCUGCUGCACAUUCAUUUAGACUUGCAGGUCACUCAUACCUGAAGAGCCAGAAACUGGAAGAUGCUACUAUGGCCAUGAGAGAGGCCGCUAAAUACAUGAUAAGCUCCCAAACAUUCUCCAAAACUGAAGUGCUCCAAACAUUGAAUUCAUGUGUUGAGUCACUGAAAGGUGUAUCCGACAAGCAACUGUUGGGAACACUAUAUAACCAUAUUGGUCUGCACUAUGCUGAAAUGAAAUGCUUUAGUGAAGCUGAAAAGUGUUUUAUGGAAAGUAUGAAUUUGUGUAGUGGGAAACAAUUUUCAAUAAGAAAAAUGGCUGUACUACUUCAAAACCUGGGAGCCGUUGACAACGCUCUUUACCAAUAUGAAAAAUCACUUAGGAGCCAUGCCGAAGCAGCAGAUAUGUAUGGAUCAUUGGGAGACAGAAACGCACAAGGACAGUGCCUCUGCAACUUGGCGUUUGCUUACAGUCAGCUGAGAAACUAUGACAUGGCAGAGUUCUACUACCAGCAGGCACUUCAUGCUUUUGUGGAUGCAGGUGACCUUUUGAGACAGUGUCAUGUCAGUGAAGGACUGGGUGCUACAUAUUUUUGCCUUGGUAAUCUGGAUCAUGCCAUCCAAUUCUACAAAAAUUCACUGAAUCUCUAUGGAAAAUCAAAGGAAACAACUGAUGCCCCAAGAGAGAGAAUUUUAGGAAAACUCACAGAUGUUAUUGAGUAUAAAGUAAUUCAGCAACAUAAUGCAGCUUUAAAUGAAAACAUUUCCAGUACAAGACCAGAUCAAUCUCCUAGCAACUAUGUUAAUGAUGCCUGCAAAUCCAUCACCUCUCAGUGUCAUGAAUCCUGUUUAUCCAGUGACAUCACAGCUACCGACAGCUCAGAUAAUGAUGAAGAACCAAGACACAGGCUCAGAGGUCACUUGUUGGAUUCAAAACUGAAACACUUUAAAACUUGGGAGAAUGACAUUUCAGAGAAUGAUGACACACACCAGCAUGGACGGCAGGCAAAGGCUUCAAUAUCUGAAUGUAACAAACGUCCAACAGAGGAUGAAGAUCAAUUCAAGCACAAAAACACAGAUCUGCUGACACCAUUUAAAAGUGCUGAAAUUGAUACGAAAGAUACAUCAAAAAAUAUGGAAACAUCCAAAGAAGAGUCCCGAGUUGAAAGAAAUAUUUCAAAACCUAAAACAAGUGGAAGUAAUGACCAAAAGGGACAAAGCAUUACAGAUAAUAAGAAUAAGAGUAAGCAGGAAGAGGAUCACCAACAAGAUUAUCACUUGGAUCACAUCCAGGAAGAGCACAAACAAUUCAAGAUGACCUCCCGUGUGUGCACUGUCUCUUAAAAGAGGUGCUAAUGUAUAAUCUUGUAGCAUUUGGGCCAAAUGUAACAGGCUCUGAGUCUGGCAAUAUACAGGUAUUGCUCGAUUUAUGGCAGCAAAUAAUUUCAAGGUAAAGCCAAGUUGUUUUCCUUUAAAUUUAGCAUCUAUGUGGCCAAAAUGGUGCCAGGACCAGCAAAUCAGAGCUUAAUACAUUUGUGCUUUGUCUUAAAAAUCAGAAGUUGUAUUGUGUAUCUGUUCUAUUUCCAUUUAAACUCUGCUAUAUAAAUGUGAGAAAUUCUGCACACUGAAGAGCAUCCAUUGUGAUGUUUUGCAAGAUACAUUUACAGUGGCUCUUUAUGGACAUAUUUACAAUAUGUUUAGACUUGUUUCUUUUUUCUACAUUCAUUACUUGAAGCACUUGCAGACUUUAAAGGCAUGACACCAGAUUUUGUUUCCAUUAGUUUUGUUAAUACAGCACUACUGAAACUGUUCCCACGCUACACAUUAACAUUUUCUUAUGCAUUUUGUUUACUAGCCCUCCAGGAAGAAUAAAAGUUUAUCAUAAUCUUUAUGGGGAAAAAUGACUGCAGCAACUUUAAUAUAUUAUUAUAAUAUAAAAUACAAACACGGUGUACUGUAUGUGAGUGCUAUGAUAGAAGUGAUAUGAGUGCACAAUGAUUAUCACAUACAAUAUUUACACUAGGAAGAAAGUCAGUUCUACUGCAUUAAGAAUUACACUGCAGCCAGAAUGGAAAACCUCCCUGUACGGUCAUAAAUUGGAAAAAAAAGAGCAACCAAUUUCUGAAUUGAGAAUACACACCAAAAUAGACUCAGUUAUAUAACAUAGGGCAAAUUAAACUUAAUUAAAUUGUAUCCAAAUCGCAUAUGCUGUAAUAAAGAAAUAACUUGCUUGAAAUUUACAGUACAGAAAAAUAAUACCAUGGAAAUAAAGGCAGAAUAAACAUACCCAACCACCAAUACACUGUAGAAUGUAUAACAUACUAUGGGGGGUAUUCAAUUAGUGUUGGGGUUUUUUUUUACUAGUCGAAAAAACUUCACUUUUCGCCCAUUUGUAGGUUGAAUUUAUAUUUGACCUAUUCAAUGCCGUGACACUUUUUCGACUUGUCGAAAAAUCUGCAUGAGUGAAAACUACAUGGAUCGACGAAUUCGCCACCGAUCCAUGUGUUUUGUUGAAUUUGUGGCCAUUUUUGUCAGUUUUUGGGUCCAUUUGCACCCAUGCCAAUUCAACAACAAAAAAAAAGGCAUGGGUGAAAAUGGAUUCAAAAAAUGUCCGAAAACCCGCUAUUGAAUAUGCUGAGGUAGAAUUAGUGCCGAUUUUCUGACUGUUGGAAAAUUCGUCACUAAUUGAAUAUACUCCUAUAAAUGCACAAUAUAUAUACAAAUAUAUAUACAAAAUAACAAAUCAAUGCAAAAUAUGGCAACAUGAUAGUAACAGUAUACUGGUGAGUAAUGUUGAAUGAUGGAGCAGUCACUAAAACUAACACAGGCGUUUAUUAUUACCAUAUAUAAAAGUGCAGGAAUAUGAAAUAUAAUGCACCACUAGAAAUUAAAAUGUCCUCUGCUGCAAUUUUCAAUAUUGUAAUUUUCAGAGCUGCCAAGAAUUGGGGUCCAGGUCCGGGUGCUGUGUAAGCAUGGCCAUUGUAGGGGGCGCAACUAUGCCCACUCGUAUACACAUCUAUGGUACCUGCACCGAGGGGCAUGAUCGCAGUAUUUCAGGGGGUGUGGUUACAUCUCACAAGCCCUCCUGGGCCCCUACAGAGUCCCAGUUAAGCUGUAACUGCCCCCUCUCUCCCGUUGCCUUUGAUAACACCUCUUUACAAUGUUGCUAUUGUUAGUUGGUUAAAUAAUACUUGCUAUUAAACAUUACACUAUGGGAUUUGACCCUUUAUAACAACAGACAAAAUGCUGUUGCUCACAUUCGAUCAUUUGCAACAACCCGCAAUAUUGUGCUUAGCAGAGGAAGCAAAGUUAAACACAGCUGUGAUUUUGCACACAAAAUAUCACAACCUGUUUUGCCCAUUUGCUGAUAUGCAUCCAUUAACUAGGUUUAUUCCUAAGUCUAAAUCAGGCCCUGAUUUGUGACGUUAUACAUAUUCUUCUAACUACAGUAACUAAUAUAUCUUCAGGUGCCAUGUAAACAGCACUAUUUUUGUAUCCAGACUAAAACAACGAUGGGGCUUAUGUAAUAGCCUACAAGGUGCAAACUCUGGUGAGAUUCCAGCGAGUUUCCCGUACCUGUAUUUUUAAAGCGCCAAUCACUUAAAAGGCAAUACCAGCCUUUUAUCCCCUGAAAUCUCACCAGCCUACAUCUUGGAGGCUCUUACUGAAGCCCCCAUUUGUCUGACCAACUCACAGUAUCAGACAAAUAUACUGUACAUUAAACUUCUUUUUACUUUUUUACUUUAUUCAAGCCAAUAGUUCUUUUUCUCAAUACGGCUUUCUUUCAGCACUAUAUUUAAGUUAAUACUUUCUUAACCUAUUGGUAAAACUAUAAAGCAGUCAUAAAAAUUUACUUUUUUGUGAUACUUUUCAUAGCUAUGUUCUCAAAAUGAAUAACUCACAAAAUGCUGAUGUAAGUUUAUUCUGUGUCUACCAUUUAUAGGUAUUCUGUGCAGGUGGAUGGCCCUUUA